AUGGAGCAGGGACUGAAGGAAUGGAUUACAUUGGUGCUCAAAGAAACCCUCACAAUACCCACUUUGUUAUUUUUCUUUUUUACCCUCAAACUUCCUAUGCUCCUGUGCAAAUUGUUCUCCCGUGAGUGUUUUGUCAGUUACUUAGACAAUGUAUACCAGGAUGGAGAUAUGGUGAUUAGUGCAUUCUUACCCUUUUAUACCUAUCAAACCUCCCAACACACUAAAGGGGCAGACAACAUAGACCUCAGUACACGGAUCACCCCAAAUAACUACCAAUUUGUGAUGGCCUUGAUUUUUGGCAUAGAGGAGAUCAACAGAAACCCCAUUCUUUUACCUAACAUGACACUUGGAUAUAACAUUUACAAUGUUGGGUCCAUUGAAAAAGAGACAGUACAAAGUUUGCUCAUGUGGCUCACAGGGAAGAACAGACUCAUUCCAAACUAUACCUGCAAAACAGAGGAAAUUUCUAUGGCUGCAAUCACGGGAAUAACAUGGGAAAUUUCUUCCCUAAUUGGCAUAUUUUUGGGUCUUUAUAAAUAUCCACAGCUGAGCAUUGGACCUUUUGAGCCAUGUAAGAAAAACUCUGUGAAGUUUCCUUUUUUGUAUCAGAUGGCUGCCAAAGAAUCUUCUUUGGCAUUAGGCAUGGUCUUUGUCCAUUUCAGAUGGAAUUGGGUGGGGCUGAUCAUCUCAGAGGAUGAGAAUCAUGUUAACUUUGUCACAGACUUGAUCCCAGAAAUGGAAAGAAAUACAGUCUGUCUAGCCUUCAUGGAAUUUAUCCCAGUUUCUUCCUUGAAAGUCACGGGACGUAUUUUUGAAUACCCUACUCAGAUUUUGAGAAACCCAGGAAAAGUUGUUAUCAUUUAUGCUAAUACUGACUCUUCUUUAGGUGUGCUGUUUAAAAUAUGGCAAUAUAUGCUUCCAUGGAGAAUAUGGGUCACCACUUCACAAUGGGAAAUCCUUACUUCUAUGAGACAUUUCAUUCUUGAUUCAUUCCAUGGGACUCUCAUCUUUUCACAACACCAUCAUGAGGUUUCUAGUUUUAAAGAGUUUGUAAAUACAGUGAACCCUUCCAAAUACCCCGAUGACAUUUUCCUUGCAAGACUGUGGGAGAUGUACUUUGAUUGUGAAAUAUCUAACAUUAACUAUAAAUCAUUAAAAAAUUGUUCAUCUAGAGGUACAUUGGGAUUGUUACCUUCAUACCACUUUGACAUAGACAUAAGCAUUGGCAGUUACCAUGCAUACAAUGCUGUAUAUGCUGUGGUCUACACCAUUCACAAGAUGCUUAUUCAAGAAGUAGAUGUAAGAGGAAUAAGAAAUGGAGGAAGAAUGAAAUUUCCCCCCUUGAAGCUGAACUCCAUACUGAAGAACACUAAAUUCUUGAAUCCUGGUGGAGAUCCAAUAACUUUGAAUCCUUCAAAUAAAUUGCAUGUAGAUUAUGAUAUUCUGAACCCCUGGGAUUUCCCACAAGGUCUUGCAUAUAAAGUGAAAGUAGGAACAUUUUUUCCACAUUUUCUGCCUGGUCAACAAUUGUCAAUUUCUAAGGACAGGAUAGAGUGGAGCAUAGGAAAGGAACAAGAGACUCACUCCCGGAGUCCAAAAGAUAAUCAAAAUUCACUCACUCCUGGAGCUUCUACGUGA